CUAGUCACCAAACACAGAUACAAGAUAAAGCCAACUUUUUGCAAUCAACUUAUACCUAGGCCUAAUAUAGCUGCAUCGUUGCCUUGUCGGCAUAGGACUAUUCCGCAACAUUCCUUCAUUCAAUGAUAACAUUAGACAACAGCUAAGGCGGCUUCAAAGGGAAUUUCCUGGCGGUGUGACAAUCAAUGGGCUUAAGGACACAUUCGGCAGAUGCUCAGGAGAAUCCUGACGUUUUAUUGGAAUCCUGGGUCCGGCGGGAAUCCCAUCAGCGCCAUGGCCUCCUAAGUUGUUUUGGAUGUGGUAUAUCUGGUUCAACACGCAGCGGUGAUGGGGCGCGGGGCCAUAAACGGCGAAAAGACACCCCUCGCGCGGACCAGCACGCCACCGCCACCCCGUACGGCUCCGGCUCCCACAGCAGCAGCAACCCCGACAAGGCGUCUCUUGAAGACCUCAGGGAGGGAAAGACACGGAAGCAGGCCUCUAACAGCCCCGACGGCUCCUGCUGGGCCCCAGAGCACCCGGUGUCCCCCUCGGCCCCCUCCAACCUCUCCGCCUCCGCCUUCUCCGACGUCUUCCACCCCUGGCGCCACCCACGCAAGCCCAAGGUGCACUGCAGCCUCGUCUCGCCCGCGGACGACACCGCAGACGAAGUCGCGGACGCUGCAGCCGCAAGCGCCGCGGCUGCGCUGCUAGCGGCCUGCCCUCCCGUGAGCGGUGACAGCGAAGCAGCGCCGGGUCUGACAUGUGCCGUACCUCGCAUGCAUUCCGGCUGUGAUGAGAGGUCGAGUACCGGUAGAGUCUCUGUGGAGGGCGCAGGGACGGCUCCGUUGCCAUCGCCUCGGGGUGCCAUCACGGUUCUCACGGUUCCCCUAGGUUCUCCUAGGAACAGCUGCGGUGAGGGUCAUGCGGAUGAUACCGGUAGUGGGGCGGUGGUGGUGGGACCGGAAGGGGAGCCUUGCAGAGCGUCGCCGCAACGGACGUCAGGCGGCGGCGGCGGUGUCGACGGCUGCACACAACAACAGCAGCAGCAGAAGGCUCACCGACAGCUGCAAGAGCAGCAGCAGCAGCAUCACCCAGGAAUGGUGACGGCGGAAUCGUUCAAUGCCAGGGUGGAGGGCGAUGCUGCCGACGGAUACGCGUGUACACAUGCCGCUGGUGGUAGCAAUGCCCUUCCUCACCGCCAGGGCCGUGGCAGCGGAAGCGGUGGCAGCGGCGGAGGCGCGGUGUCGGAGCCUCAUCCUGCCGUCCUUACCCCCCGUCGCGGCGUCAGCUGCAGCGGUGCGGAAGCUCAACAACAACAGCACCCCCUGUUUACGGCACCGCCACAUGCACCACUUGCCGGCCUGAUCCUGCCUGACCGGCCGGAAGCCAGGCGGAACUCGCAUGCUGGCGGGUUGGACGGUACGACAUGCGGCGGUGAGGAGGAGCCGCUGGACUUGCAGACACUGCCGCUGCCGCUGCGAAUGUCUCCGACGUCGCUACGUCCCAGCGCGCCGUUGUUAUCCCCGGCGACACCGCCACAGCCAGUGAUGGGGCACGGUCCUUCCUUGCGUCCUCAGAUCUCAUCUGCCGGCUCUCGACGUCACCUGCUGAAGUCGCCAUCCCUGCUCCGCACUUCACCUCCUGGAAGCCAGAACCGCAGGCGGCAACUGCUGCCCUCUCCUCCAGCGGCGCCGCAAACGCCGCCACUGCAGCCGGGCAACGAGCGCCUGCACCUCCUGCCGUCACCUUCGCUGCUGCGAAACCCAACCGCCAAUGUUCAACCACCACAACUUGUGCAGUCCCCAUCGCUGCUCCGAACCUCGGCCGAGACGCAGCAAAAGCUGCUGCUCCUGCCUUCGCGCACAAUGUUACGGCAACCCACCCUAGCCGCACCCGUCUCCGACGAGGGGGAGGAUAACCGGCAGCUGCGUCUAUCUCCACCGCAACCCAUCCUGAAACGCAACGGAUGUUCCUUUAGCCGCAACGUGAGCACCACCACAGCGGUCGCCGCGCUCACGUUCAAACCCAUCGGCUCGCUGCCUCGCUGCGGCACCCUCGCACCCAUGUUCACCCCAGCGGCCGCAGCCAAGGGAAGCAACGGUGACACGGCAGUAUCACUUAACCGACUCGCGAGCCUGCAGGUUUUGCAGAAACAGCGGCAACGGCAGAUGAUGUCUGAUCCCGGUAAUGGCAGCGUACACCAGCUCAAGAUGCUGUUGCCCACGGUUGAGGAGGAGGCGACUAAGCAGCAAGAGCAGGAGCAGGAGCAGCUGCCGGAACAGAGACAAGAGAACGAGGAUUCGCCGGUGCUUAUCACUGCCAGUCGCUCUGAGGGUGCCGGCGGCGGUGGUAGAGGCAGCGGCAGUGGCAACGAGGCUCCUGCCGCCGCCCAGGUCACUCCUGUAAUGGUUUCUCUAGCUGUUGUCGCGGAGGCAUCUGCCUCUGCUGACCGCACCACCACCUCCACCACCACCACCACCGCCACCGCCGCAGCCCCUGCUGCUACUACCGCAGCAGUAGCGGGUGGUGAUGAGGAGGAGGAUGAGGCGGACUUUGACGAUGACGAUGAUUCACUAGACCUCCCCGGCCUAGCUCCCCCGCCGCCCUCACCCUUCCGCUCCACCUACUCUGCCAUCGCCGCCGCCGCCGCUGCCGCCGCCGCCGCAUGCAGCAGUGUGCCCAAUGACGACAACGACGGCGACCGACCAAGUUCCGCCCUGCUCCGUGCCGCUUCCAUGGAGCCCCUCCGUCGCGCUGCGUCUCUCCACGAGGCACUCCGACCCGCGGGUCCCGCCGUGGCGACGGCGGCAGUCGCUGCCGACCUUCUUCCACCUCGCAGCAUUGCACUCAGCGAAACAGGCGGUGAACCACUGGCAUUGGCGCUGGCCCAGCAAAGCGAAGGUACCGUUACGACGGUUGGGUUGUUGCUACCAGGCAUGCGUGCCGUACACUCGCAUGCGGCUCGGUGGUUGGAUGCGCUGAGCUCGCCUGAGGAUCUGGUUGCGGCUGGGGCGCCGGCGGGUCCGGAGCCGAUCGAGCAGGUGCUGGAGCCACAGCUCUCAGCGGCGUCCAUUGCUUCGGAC